AUGUGGUGCCAUCUAUUCAUCCAAACUCUCACAGGUGCAGCGCGACUAUGGUUCGAUAACCUACCAGUUGGGACGAUAACGUCGUGGGUGGAUCUAAGAGAAAAAUUCCUAAUGCAUUUUAGCCAACAACAAAGGUCUAUCAGAGACACUGCUGACGUGAUGAAUAUUUGGAGGCGUGACGAUGAGAGCUCAGAGGGCUUCAUAACGCGCUACAACAAGGAAGUACUAGAGAUCGGUGAUGUUCAUGAACAUCUGGUACGAGCGCAGUUCAAGUAUGUUGUCCGCUGCGAUGACAUGAUCAAGGUUCUGUCAGGAAUGGAGGGGUUACCCAAGAGUUGGGAGAAGCUGAUGGCUGCGGCCAAAGUGUACGCCCAGACAGAACGAAACCUCAGCACCAACAGGCCGCCGCCACUGCACAAUCGCCCACAAGACAUGAGUGGUAGUGGUGGAAAGAAAGUGGACCCAUAA